AAGCGAAAGCUGCAGGGGCGCGGAGGUGCCGGCUGGGAGAGCAGCGCUUGCGGGCGCCGGGGGGAGACGAAGUUGAGACCGCGGGAGGGAAGGUCUCUACAGCUCAGUCUCCAGCACUUAACGGAAAGACCUUCGGAGCUGUGGUUCCGAAGCCGCCGCUGAUAACGCCAUGCGGCUCCCUGACCUGAGACCCUGGGCCUCCCUGCUGCUGGCGGACUUGGCCUUACUCUGGCUGCUUCAGGGGACCCUGGGGGAUCUGCUUCCCCCAGGACUUCCAGGCCUGUGGCUGGAGGGGACCCUGCGACUUGGAGGGCUGUGGUGGCUGCUAAAGCUGGGAGGGCUGCCGGGAUUUGUGGGAACAGUGCUGCCCCCACUCUGCCUGGUGACCCCCCUGUUUCUCUGCUUUAGGGCCCUGGUCCCAGGGGCCUUGAGUGCUCCCCCACUCAGAGUGGCUUCAGCAUCUUGGAGCUGGCUGCUAGUGGGGUACGGGGCUGCAGGGCUGAGCUCUGCAGUAUGGGCUGUGCUGAGUCCUCCAGGUGCCCAGGAGAGGGAGCGGGGCCAGGAGACCAACAAAGCCUUGAUGUGGAGGUUGCUGAAGCUCUCCAGGCCAGACCUGCCUUUCCUCGCCAUCGCCUUCUUCUUCCUUGUUCUUGCGGUGUUGGGUGAGACAUUGAUCCCCUACUAUUCUGGUCGUGUGAUCGACAUCCUGGGAAGUGAUUUUGACCCCCAUGCCUUUGCCAGCGCCAUCUUUUUCAUGUGUGUCUUCUCCAUUGGGAGCUCACUGUCUGCGGGCUGCCGAGGAAGCGCUUUCACCUUCACCAUGUCCAGAAUCAACUUGCGGAUCCGGGAGCAGCUUUUCUCCUCCCUUCUGCGCCAGGACCUUGGUUUCUUCCAGGAGACUAAGACAGGAGAGCUGAAUUCACGGCUGAACUCGGAUACAACCCUGAUGAGUUGCUGGCUUCCUUUAAAUGCCAACGUGCUGUUGCGGAGCCUGGUGAAAGUGGUGGGACUGUACAGCUUCAUGCUCAGCCUGUCACCUCGGCUCACCCUCCUCUCUCUGGUCGACGUGCCUCUCAUGAUAGCAGCUGAAAAGGUGUACAAUGUCCGCCAUCAGGCAGUGCUUCGGGAGAUCCAGGAUGCAGUGGCGAAGGCGGGGCAGGUGGUGCGGGAGGCCGUUGGAGGGCUGCAGACGGUGCGCAGUUUUGGGGCUGAGGAUCACGAGGUCUGUCGUUAUAAGGAGGCCCUUGAACGAUGCCGGCAGCUGUGGUGGCAACGAGACCUGGAGCGAGCCAUGUACCUGCUUCUACGGAGAAUGCUGCACUUGGGAGUGCAGGUGCUGAUGCUGAACUGUGGACUGCAGCAGAUCCUGGCUGGGGACCUCACUCGGGGCGGGCUGCUCUCCUUUCUGCUCUACCAAGAGGAUGUGGGCCACUAUGUGCAAACCCUGGUAUACAUGUACGGGGAUAUGCUGAGCAACGUGGGGGCUGCUGAGAAGGUUUUUCACUACCUGGACCGACAGCCAAAUCUGCCUCCACCGGGAACACUGGCCCCCCCCACUCUGCAGGGACUGGUGGAAUUCCAAGAUGUCUCCUUUGCUUAUCCUAAUCGCCCUGACCAGCCUGUGCUCAAGGGGCUCACAUUCACACUACGUCCUGGUCAGAUGACCGCACUGGUGGGACCCAAUGGGUCUGGGAAGAGCACAGUGGCCGCCCUGCUACAGAAUCUGUACCAGCCCACGGAGGGCCAGCUGCUGCUGGAUGGGGAGCCCCUUCCCCAGUAUGAACACCAUUACCUGCACCAACAGGUUGCUUUGGUCGGGCAGGAGCCUGUGCUGUUCUCGGGUUCUGUGAGGGACAACAUUGCUUAUGGGCUGAAGAGCUGCAGUGACGAAGAGGUGAUGGCUGCUGCCCAGGCUGCCAAAGCGGAUGAGUUCAUCAAAGAAAUGGAGCAUGGACUACAAACAGAUGUAGGGGAGAAAGGAAGCCAGUUGGCUGUGGGACAGAAACAAUGUCUGGCCAUUGCUCGGGCCCUCGUGCGGAACCCACGAGUCCUCAUCCUGGAUGAAGCCACCAGUGCCCUGGACGUCCAGUGUGAGCAGGCUCUGCAGGACUGGAUAUCCCAUGGGGACCGAACGGUGCUGGUGAUCGCUCACAGGCUGCAGACGGUUCAGAACGCUGACCAGAUCCUGGUGCUCAGGCAGGGAGAGCUGGUGGAUCAUGCCCAGCUCAUGGGGGGGGAGGACCUCUAUUCCCGCCUGGUGCAGCAGUGUCUGGAGGACUGAGGCCGCAGGGACACUGGGCCCUUCUCAUGGCUGUCUUCAUGACCUGGAGUAGCUCCUGCUUUGAGUUUCCCUGGGGCUGUUCCCCUGGGUAGUUUUUCCUGGAGUUGGAGACAUGAUGGAGAUUUGGACCAUGUGUGCUUUCAUUGGAGCUGGGAGUGGAAGGCGGGGAGUGCUGCAUGUGUCCAUGAACCUUAUUUCCUUGAUGAACGUAGUACUGAGUAGUAUACUGUGGCAUAAUAAAUAUAUUUAAAAAUA